CCGAAAACAGAAAAACAGAACAAAAAAAAAGAUCCAAACGGGCCAAACCCGUCACUGAAACCCUAGGGCCUGGAUCUCCGUCGCCGGCGGCCAUGGACGACCCCAAGACCCUCGAUCUCGUCAAGGAGCUUGUCCUCCGCCUCCUCUCCACCCGCUCCCCCUCCCCCUCGGGCGACCCCUCCGGCGACCUCCCCCACGCCCUCCGCUACGCCCACCGCCUUCUUUCCAGCCGCAUGUCACCCUCCCUUGCCCCCGACGAGCCCGCCAUGGCCGAGUCCAUCAAGCGUCAGCUCGCCGUCUCCGGAAGAUCCGCCGACGCCCUCGCCUUCGCCGACCUCCACUCCAAGCUCGCGGCCCGCUCUGGCCCCGGCUCCGUCCGCAAUCGCUGGGCCCUCCUCUACCUCUUCAAGUCCCUCUCCGACGACCGCCGCCGCGCCGACCCCAUCCUCCGCGCCCCUGCCGUUGGCGGCCUCCCCGCCCUUCCCCUCGACCCCCACCCCGCCCGCCCCACCAAGAAAGCCCUAGCCUCCUCUGGCGGCGUCCUUCUUGUCUCCAAGGAUCCGGAGAACAUCCGCGAGAUCGCGCUCCGGGAGUACGCGGAUCUGGUCAUGGAGGAGACCGAGGUCUCGGAGUCGGCCCUCGUCAGGGACGUCCUCUAUGCCUGCCAGGGGAUAGACGGGCGGUAUGUGAGGUUCGACAAGGCGUCGGACAGCUACGAUCUGCCAGAAUCUCUCAAGCUGCCGAGGUCCACGAGGACAAUGGUCAGGAGGCUAUGUGAGCUCGGAUGGCUAUUCAGAAAGGUUAGGAGGUACAUCACUGAGAGCAUGAGUCAGUUCCCAGCCGAAGAGGUCGGGACCGUCGGCCAAGCCUUCUGCUCCGCCCUCCAGGAUGAGCUCUCGGACUACUACAAGCUCUUGGCUGUGCUUGAGUCCCAGUCUCUGAACCCAAUCCCAACGGCCGGCAGUGAUUCAGGAGUGCCAGGGAACUACCUUUCCUUGAGAAGGCUCGUAGUGUGGCUUGCUGAACCGAUGGUUAGGAUGCGGCUGAUGGCAGUUCUCGUCGAUAUGUGCAGAAAUUUGAGAGGUGGGGCAAUGGCCGGAGCAAUUCAUGGGCAAGCCCAGCAUGGGGAUCCACUGGUCCAGGAGUUCAUGGGCCGGCUCCUCCGGAGGGUGUGCUCGCCUCUGUUUGAGAUGGUCCAGAGCUGGGUUUUGGAAGGGGAGUUGGAGGAUGUCUUUGCUGAGUUCUUCAUUCUCAGCCAGCCAGUAAAGGCUGAGUCUUUAUGGCAAGAAGGUUAUCGGAUCCAGUCUGUGAUGCUCCCUUCUUUCAUUUCUCCAACAUUAGCACAGAGAAUUCUGAGGACUGGAAAAUCAAUUAAUUUCCUUCGAGUGUGCUGCGAGGAUAAUGGGUGGGCUGAUGCUUCCGCCAAGGCGGCAGCCCAUGUUGGUACCACCACAAGGAGGGAUGGGCUGGGUUAUGGUGAGACUGAUGCAUUGGAAGCUCUUGUGGUUGAGGCGGCAAAGCGGAUCGAUCAGCAUUUAAUGGAUGUAAUCCACCAUCGGUAUCGAUUCAAGGAUCAUUGCCUCGCGAUUAAAAGGUACUUGCUUCUUGGGCAGGGUGAUUUUGUCCAGUACUUGAUGGAUAUUGUAGGUCCUGAGCUGUCGGAGCCAGCCAACACCAUCAGCUCAUUCCAAUUAGCAGGGCUUCUUGAGACUGCAAUCCGGGCAUCCAAUGCACAAUAUGAUGACCGCGAUAUCCUUGACCGGCUGAAGGUCAAGAUGAUGGAGCACGGGGAUGGGGACAGAGGAUGGGAUGUGUUCUCAUUGGAAUACGAUGCGAGAGUGCCAUUGGACACAGUGUUUACAGCGUCUGUCAUGAAGAGGUACCUCAAAAUUUUCAAUUACCUGUGGAAGCUUAAACGGGUCGAGCAUGCUUUGAUUGGGGUGUGGAAGACAAUGAAACCCAAUUGUAUAAUUUCCUGUUCGUUUGCAAAAGAAGGUCCAGUCAAAAUGCAAUUUGUCUCAGUGCUGCGAAGGUGCCAAGUUCUCUGGAGUGAAAUGAAUCAUUUUGUCACCAAUUUCCAGUACUACAUAAUGUUUGAGGUCCUUGAGGUUUCAUGGGCACGAUUUUCAGAGGAAAUGGAUGCUGCAAAAGAUUUGGAUGAUCUUCUAGCAGCACAUGAUAAGUAUCUUAAUUCAAUUAUGGAGAAAUCUCUUCUUGGGGAGAGAUCUCGAGACAUUAUUAAAACUCUCUUCACGCUCUUUGACCUCAUAUUGCGUUUCCGAAGUCAUCAUGACCGAUGGUUUGAACGUAUAAAUGAGUUGCAACUCAGAGGGAGGGGUAAAUCAAGGUCAAAAUCAAAGGAGCCAGGUUCAUGGGUUGAUGGGGGUAGAAAAGCCAUGAUACAGCUAGCCAGAGAGUUCUUCCGGAUAAUGGAUGAAGACUUGGACACAAUUGCGAAAGAGUACUCAGCAUCUCUCGAUGCUUUUAUUUCUCAGUUGCCUAUGCAGCAACAUGUUGAUUUGAAGUUCCUCCUAUUCCGUUUAGACUUCACUGAAUAUUAUAGUCAUCUAUCCUCUAGCAAGUAAAAUCAGGGUGCUGCAGAAGAAACAGUGGAAAAGCACUGAUCUGCCAUUUGUGCUUGUUGUAUGACUUCACAAUUUCAAGCUUGCUGACCAUUUUGGGCUGGUGGCUGUAUUGUUCGUUUCAUGUAUCUAGAUGAAGAUGCUUAUCUGUUGAUUCUGUCCAUACCACGGAGGUAUUACAUCAUUUUGAGUAAUAGCCUCAACAAAAAUACAUUUAGCACGUACUCUGAUCUGGGAUGGACACUGGAAACAAGAGGAAACAUCGGGAGGUCAGCAGUUAGACUGGGAUAUGCAUCAAGGCUUCUGGUUUACAAAAUUUCCACCUUUUUCUUAUUCUUUUAAAGCAAUCUAGCACGUCAUUUUUGGUCGCAUUCCCUUGUUACCAGUUAUCAAGGUUUCUGCACUACUUUGCAGCUUGACGACGAUGAGAAUAUAUUCUCUUGUGGAAAAUGCUCUUAGUUUCAUGGAUAAGCUUCCAAGUAAUUGCCAAGCUUAAGUGUGCUGAACCUUCCAUCUUUUUAUUGUGCUGAGCGUGCUAUUCUGUGAUCAAACAACACUCUCGUUCCACUUGCAAUUGCAUUAGCUUCCUCUUCCAUAUGGUCCGAAGAUAUCAGAUCCAGCUUGCAUUAAAUAACAGCUUGAAAUUACAAGAGCAGAUCAAGGCCAUGUCCCGUAUUUUUCUAGUUGCUCAAAAUCAGCAUGAAUCUCUCAUGUGCUUAAAUUUUGUCUGGAAGUGGUACAUGCAUUACUCUAAUAUCUACAACCGAGGUAGAAGAGGAUACAUGCCAACCUCUUCCUAGAUAUUUCGGCAAUCACACCUAUUUAGAUUCGGAGUGAGGGCCAAGAAGGAAACAGGUUCAUCGUUGCAAUCAGAUCGCUGAAUAAACCUUAAUUUUAGCUGCAUGCGCAUGCCAAGAAACACAUCAUAGCCUCUCCACCAAGCAGGGAUUACAGAUUCCCGCAGCGUCCCAUUGCUGCAUGAGCCACAUCCACAGCUAGCGAAACAUUAGGUAGUCCUUGGGACACGGAUCCACUUCCUAUGGGAUCAACUUUUGGAUCUGGCAAUCCUCUCUCACAGCACUGUUAAGCGAGACGGACAAUUUUUACAGGGGCAACAACAAGCUAUAUAUCGAUAUGUAAGUCCGGGAAGCGAAACUCCCCAACUUCUGCUCCUGCUCAGGUGCAGAUAACAGAUCCGAAACAAAUGGUAAACAUAAACGAUCUUUUAGGACAGAAUCAGCUUGUCGACAAUAAUAUUAUCACGGAAGUUGAACAGAAGGAUCCAAUUCAAAAGUAUAGCGCAUAUGCAACGCCCAGACUUGAAACAAGUGGGGAAAAUAAUCCUACUUUCAGAGAUAGUUUCUCAUAUCGACCAUAAGGUAAACAGCCUAACAUUCAGGAGAGAAUCAGAUCGUCCAUAAUAUUAUCACAGUAAAUUGAACAGAAGAUCCAGUUCAAAAGUAAUAACAUAUAUAACACCAGGCAUUGCCCUAAUGUUCGCACCUUUCCUCACCAAUGGGCUACAAUAUAUAUUCUAGGUCCAAGUUUUGGUGGUGCAAUCUCAAUUCUUUGAAUUUGGUUAACCUACUAUUUGGAUCUUUCCUCACUUCUCCCUCCCCAAAAAUAUGGGGAAAAAAAAAGUAAAAAAUGGUGUAACAGGUCCAAAAGGCAAAAUAUUCCUGUACAGAGUGGAUGCCCCUCCAAUUGUAGUUUCAAUGAAGAUGUCAAAAUUAACAAUUAGCCGGCGCCAAAUUGCCAAAUUCAAAUUCUUACCAGGGAGUAACUCUGGGGAAAAAAAAAUAAGAGGGAAGAUAGAAGUCCACAGAUUGCGCAUACUGUCUAUAAAUAGAGCAAUAGGUUAUUGCAAAGAAUCAAGCCAAGACAAAAAAAUUAUAGCAGUUAGCAGAAAAAAUUAUCACGCAAACUCAAGCAAUCAUAUGCUGAAUAAUGCUGAGGGUAGUGUAUAACAGGCCAGUUAAAAUUUCUACUAUAUUAUUUAGUACUUCAAGAAAAAUCUGAGACCAGAGCAUCUUCCUAACAGCUGGAUUGGCCUCUAAUCACAUGCCAGCAUGGUCAGAUACAAUUUACUUCUCUUUCACAAGAACAAACAAGAAAUCUCCUUAGGAUAACCCUGAGAGCAUUUGUAGGAUAGAACAGCCAUUGAUUUAGAGAUAACGAGCAAAAAUAGCCAGCUUUUCUCAAGUUAAUAGAAUACUUAUGCCAUGUUUAGCUUUCCUGAUGUCCAUCCUUGAUCGUUUAACCACUGGAGAAGGAUAUAGAGGACCAAAACUACUAGGUAGCGAAUGGGGUAGAUAGCCAAGUUUAUGAACAACGAUGCAACCAAUGGCCUGUCAACAUAAAGAAAUUAACAAAUCUACAAAUUUUAUAUGCAAAACCCCAAUUGAAGGCUUACAGGUGCCCGCCAAAGUAGAGUAAGCCUAACAAUGCAAUAUCCAAGCAGUCACAUCCACCAUUAAUGGCAGUAAAGAUUAAGAUCAAUGUACACGAAGUUUGAAAAUGCAGGCCAAAGAAAUCCGGUAGUCGCAUCCAGAAUCUCUUCCAAUUAACGGACAAGUUUAUAUUUAGUAUAACCUGAAUUUAUUGUAGUAUCCUUACCAUUAUGACAAAUGCCCAUCAUCCAAAUGUCUCGUCAUAGAUGAUCUGAAGACAGAUCAAGGUUAAACACCAAAAAGGAUUUCGAAUGGUAUAAACGCAGAUAAGAUUAGCACUGUGAUCAACAGGAGUACAUCCGACAUCAUUAGAUAAAUAAUUUGUAUUCUCAAGCCUAUCUUUCUAGAUCUACGGUAAGGAGCCCACCAAACACAUGGAACACAAAGACAGCAACACUCAAUGAAUUACUAGGAUGAGGUGGAUGUUAAGUGAAAAUCAGGAAACUUAGGGUUAGAAAUAAAAAAUUGCAGGAACCAUACCAAGUUAAGAAGCUUGUUGAUAAUCUGUCAGGAAAUUGACUUGAUACAGGUGUGUCCAGCAAAAUUUUGGCAAGGCUACACUAAACUAUACAAUAAUAGUUGUCUUAUGUUUGAUAACUUGAUUUAAUCAGUUCAAAUGAGUUUUGUUUUCUAAAAAUGUGUCGA